UUUCUCUUGUUGUGAGUCAACUUCUCUCCACUUUUAAAGAAAAUUCCACUACAUGUGAAAUGUGCAAAUCUAACCCAGAACAAUCUUAGGAUGAUGUUGAUAAAAGAGUGUCAUUAUCCAGAGCAAAACGAGUUGUGUACCAGCAUGGGCUGUAAGGCCACUCAGGAAGGAAGAAGUCAUUUCUCCAAAAAGCAGUUAAAAUCAUAAUUUCCAAAUGCAAUCACGGACAAAAACCUUGAUUUUCGGAGGCAUGUCCUGUGGUCUGAUGAAACUAAAAUUAAGGUGCUUGGCCAAAACUAGAAAGCUUCCACCCCGGCCGUGAAAUACGAGGAUGGCAGCAUCAUGUUGUGUGGAUGUUUUCCUGCACAAGGAACUGGAGCACUUCACAAAACAGGUGGCAUCAUGAGCAAAGAAAAUUAUAUGGGAAUAUCAAAGCAGCAUUUCAAUACAUCAGCAAGGAAAUUAAAGCUAAAGCAUUAAUUAGAGAAAUUUAAAAAAUGCUCAGGAAAUGACCUAAAACAGUCAGAUGUCUGGUUUUAGUAGUAUAUCAUGGGUACGGAUUACAUUUUGAAAUAAUAAUUUCAGCGGAAUAUGAAACUCUUUUUGUUUUGGCUGCAACUGCCACUUUGGAUCAGGAGUGUUUAUCCCAGCCAACUUUGGGACUUUGAAGCAGAGAGGGUUCCCACAGAGAAGGCAUCAAACAUGACUUUAGCAAGCAUCAUCAUCUUUGUGGGCAACACUUUCUGCACAGACCUAUAUGAGAAAAAAAACCAAAAACAUAAACAAACAAAGCAAGCCUGAGCUGAAGGUUUUCCAACCAACCACAUGAGCUGCUGGCUGUGUUUUGGAGGAGGAGGAGGAUGAGGAGGAGGGUUAGUUUGGAGCUGUCAGGGGGAGCUGAUGUGAGUGCGCGUAUAAAGCAGCACACAAGGAGAUGCACCAUUUAACCCACGGCUCUCCCCUCCGGACUCGGCCAACCUGAAUGUUCCCUUGAGAAGUUGAGGUGAUGCUGUUGCGAGGACUCCUUGCAAACCAUACUCCCGAGGACCCGUCUCUGUUUUCUUUCCCUUCCUCCUCCCACCUUAACUUGGAUGGCUUGAGCGGCUCGUCCUGCGCUCUUGCUCGCAGCCGCGGAGAGAUGUAAGGUUCGGACCGUCCACCGCCUUCACACUGAGCGGAGCAGCGGCGUGAUUCAGGUCGCUAUCUGAGAGAGAGACACAGAGAGAGAGAUAGAGAGAGAGAGACAGAUAGGAGGGUUUAAAAAGAAGGAAAAAAACUACUUUGGAGAUGUGAAUGAUCGAAGGUUUGCUGCUCAUCCCACCAGCUCGCCUGUCCUAUGCGAUCGACAGCAGGAUGUGAAGAGGAAAAUGAUUGGGGCAUAAACUAUUCCCGGAGACGCCUGUCACAGCUACAGCCGCUGAAGUGGAAAGGGUGGAUGGUUAUCUCGCAAACACUCCAAGCCUAUGUAUACUACUGCAUUCAUUUGUUGGAAACGCUUCCUAGUAUCUUCGAGAACAGCGCAGGAGGAAUGCUGCUCCGAGAUCUGAUGCCAUUUACUUUAAGUUUUUGGCCUUUUUUCAUCGCUCAUUGCCUCCUGUCACAGCUUUUACUCUCAUGCACGGGAGAGCUACAGAGGUCAUGCUCUCGGACUGUGGCAGAGAAAGUUGGUGAACAGUGCCAGUUGGCAUGCCACUGUAGGAGAUACCCUCCCCUCCCUCCACCGCCUCCACCACCACCUCCCCCUCGGCUUCUGGGCACCACAGUGGCAGAGCCCAUGGUGCCAUUGUUGAGGCCCUGGUGGAUGGAAGUGGACGUUAUAGUGCUUGGGACAGUGAGCUGUGCCUCAGUUGUCUUCCUCCUUUCCGCCAUCAUCAUCUGCUACAAGGCGAUCAAAAGGAAACCACUGCGAAAGGAGGAGAACGGGACGAGUCGCGGGGAGUAUGCCAUGAGCAUCCGCAAGAAGAAGGCCAUGGGUACAAACAACACUGUGGUAUAGACUUUGUCUUGGUCCAGGAAGCAACUUACCAUCAUCUCCAUUAUGUUUCCUGAAAACAACAAACCCUUUCUGACCCUUAAUGCAACAUGGGUUCACCUGAUGAUUUCAGACAGGUAAACCUCUCCUCUUUGUUUGGCAUAUUGCCUGGACUGAAGAUGGCAUUCGACUCAAGAGGAGCUGAAAAGAUGGAAAGCAGAAUGAAAUCAAAGCAGAAAGGACUGAGAGACAGAUCCACAACUCCCUGUGGUGUCAAAAGUGGCACAGCAGACUGGGCAUUAUGCUUUUAGUAACAGCAAGUGUUGCUGACAGGCUGGUUGGCUGCUGGCUGGAGAGGGACUGUCUGCCAGUCUGCAGCAGAUCCAGACCUCACGCACUGUUGACGUCUGCAGCGGGACAACUGACAGCAGAGCAGCCCCACAGUCCUGUGUGCAUCCAGACAGGGCACACAAACCCAAUAACAUGCAUGAUGUUUUUACAAAGAAUGAAAGAUUUUUUAUAACCCCCCUCUCUGUUGCAGUGUCCACCUUUUGUUCUCCAUUUUAGCACACGCUUUGUGAAAGGCAGGAUCUGACUGUCGAUCCUGGCUCUGAGAUGUGGAUUCAUCUGACUAUGCAAUAUAAAGAAAUUAAUAUUUAAAAAGAGGGAAGCGUCAUCAACAUGGGACAUCUUGGUUAUUUUACCAUGCCAAAAAAGACUUAUGUUCCCUGCAAUAUAUUUAAGUCAUUCAUGUAUUUAUUUAAUCUAUUUAUUUUAGUUAACUAGCUUCAAAUUUAUUUUUAUACUUAGAGAAAACUGUCCUGUAAUUUACACACAUACUUACAAAUCUUGAACAUUUUGAUGAAUUUGUCUUUUUUUCUUGAUUGCUCUGUUUUUGUAAGUAAAUAAUUUGUAAAUUAUUUGUUAGUGAUCUUACUGUCAGUACGCUGAGACUCUGCAAAGCAUUUCGCUGUUUAGUUUUUCUCUCUGGGUGUUGAUCUGCAGUCAUGGAAAAAAGAAGUCAGCCCUUGCUGGUUCUAUUGAAUUUAUAGAGGAAAAUAGCAGCCAGGUGUUGCUGAUCAGAUAUAUUGAUUAACUUAUAGCUCCUCUACAAAAGCCGGAGUUUUUUCAGUUUGCUGCUUAGGAGAAUAUAGGCCUGUGUUAACACUACCAAGGUGGAAAUCAGCAAUGACCUUAGAGAAGCAACUGUUGCUACCCAUCCAUCUGGAAAAGCAUUUAAGCUUAUUUCCAACAUAGAGAAAGAGUUUUAACAAGUGAAAAACAUUUAGGCUUAUCUCCAGCAAGCUCCCAAUCCUCCCAGGAGUGAACGUCCUGGCAAAUUCAGCCCAAGGUCAGAGUGUGCAACACUCAGACAAAUGACAAAAAAAAAAAAAACAAUAGCUCCAGCUCAGAUUCAACAGUUCAUGAAAGAACAAUUAGAAAAUGUCAGAACAGGUAUGGCUUAUUUUCAUAUGAAUGCCAUGAUAAAGCUUCAUCUCUCUAAAAAGAAUAUAAGUUAGCUGAGUUUAUUCUGAAUGAACACCAGAGUGUUCAUUAGUCAGAUGAGACGAAAGUUGAUGUGCUUCCCCAUAAUGAAUAGCACGAUGUUUGGAGAAAACCAAACACUGCAUAUCAGCACAAGCACUGUGGGAGACCUGAGAACCUUGCAGUCAUUGAGUGGACCAUGAACCAUUCUGUAUACCGAGUUAUUUUACCAUCAAAUAUGAGGCCACCUGUCUGACAGCCUAAGCUUCGCUCAAACUGGGUCAUCAAUAGGACAAUGACCCCAAAAACAGCUGCAAAUCUAUAACAGAAUAGCUGAAAAAUAAAAGAAUCAAGGUGUUGCAAUGACCUAGUCAAAUCCCAGACUUCAGCCUAAUAGUAAAGUUGUGGUGGGACCUUCAGAGAGCUAUGCAGAAACCUCAAUGAUCUCAAGCAACAUUGGAAAAACGAGUGGGCCAAAAAUUGCCACACAACAAUGUAAAGGACUUAAAAUCAAACAGAAAACCACAGUUGAGAUUUAGUGCUGCUAAAGGUGGCUCUGGCAGCUACUGAAUCAUGGGGUGUACUUUGUUUUUCCUAUGACUAUAGUUCUGGUUACCUGAGACAGACACUAAAAAGUCAGGGUCUCUAUGAUGUGCUAUGUGAAUGUUUUGCUUUCCAGACAUUUUUUUGUACCUCAUCACACAAUAAUCUCAAAGCUUUAGACUGUUAACACAAUGCAAUCCACCCAUGCUUUCACAGCUCAUUUGGUUGAACGUUUUGUUUCCAGUUAUGGGGUUAGCCAGAAGCCUUCAGCAAUGUUUUGUCCAGAUUUGACAAUCUUCAUUUUUCCAUCUGCCAAACAGGACUUCCUUCGCCCAUAGUUACACAAAUAGGGGAUAUGAUCCCAAGGCUAACAUUGUGGCUUGUGAGAUGGAGAAGACAUAGCUAAUAGCAAGAGGAUCAGGCUGCACUGAGGAUGUCCACAGCAGGGACGAUUGUGACUCAGUGCUGUCACAGCCAUCCUCCACAUCCUCAGUGGAAAAACACAACGGCUCUGCUCUUUUUUUCUACAUUAAAGCAGCGUGUGUCCAUGCAUGUGAGUGUGAAUGCUUUUGGAUGUGAGUACCUGUCUGUAUGCGAGUGUGCAUGCAGAUGAGGGCUUUGAGAUAAGAGUCUCUGUGAAUGUCAAAGAAGCAUAGAUGGCUAAACUGUUGAAUUCUGGGAAAAAAAGAAACACACGCUUGCAUGUAAACAUGCACAAGUAUUAGCUACCAGUAUACCCCACCAUUUACCUAUAUGAGAAAAAUGAUGGAUGCAUGAAUGUAAAUAUUGAUAUUUAAAUAUCUGCCUUCUGGACUGUUGAUUCAUGUACAGUGUAACGGAUCAGACAUUUAUACGUAGUAGUUCUCAAUGUGCUACCAUUUAGAUCCAUAUCAAUGUUGUCAUGUUGAUGGAGCAAGCCAUUAAUGUAUAGAUGGCAAUCAAUAGUACACACAAAAUUUGUGCAUUAUGACAGACAGAUAGAAAUAUGUGCAAAACUUGAUCUCACUGCUGAGUUUUUCAGUUGUAAAUAAAACUGUACAUAACAACGUGGA